UUUUUGUUUGAGGUUGCACCAAAUUGUGAGAAAUAUCUAUCCAAGAUGGCAUCCAAGAUGAUUUGCCACUUGACGCGCCCCUGGAAAGCGUUGUGUAAAGUUUAUUGCAUGCCAAAAGUCUUCUAUGAUGGCAAAAAAAAAGAAAACAAGUAUCAUCAGCAAGAAAAACGAAGUUAGCAGUACCACUACAGUUCGCACGGAAACUUUUCUUUCGAAAAAGACAGAAGCUGCUAGUCCGUUGUUAACCUGUGUUGAUGGUACAUUGGAUGAAGCUUAUCUUGAUGAAAUGAAAAAUGUGCCAUUUAAGAACACCUGUUAUGAGGCAAAGAAAACAACUAAAAGGAAAAUCUGGAAGGGGCUAAAGCAAAUACUGUCCCAAGAAAGGUCAAUGGAAUGUGCAUCAGAUGCAGUUUUUUAUAGUAGUAUUGAUGCACCACCAUCUUUUAAACCUGCAAAGAAGUAUUCAGAUUUGUCUGGAUUAUUGGGAAACUACACAGAUCCCCACACUCAUUUGAGAUAUGCUGAAGCUGAAGAGUAUCAAACAAUUCAAACUCUCCCAAGUGAUAUUGUUUCUGGUUAUUUGACACUGAGAAAAGCUCUAAAUCCUGUAGGAUGAAAGUUGAGAAUAUUGUUUUCUUGUAUUGUACAAAUUUGAAUUUUCAAAACCAUUUCAAUGUAAGGAAAAGUAGGAAAGAAGUAAUGCAAAUGUAUGUCUUUGGUGAAUAAACUGAUAUUGUACAUA